GAAGCCAUGCGCAGAGGAGGGGAGAGAAGUUUGAAGCGGGCCUGCCGUCACUGACAUUCACGGCUCUGGCUUCAAGCAGCGCUCGCAUCACCCAGGCUCUGCCAGGAGGGAACGUGCGCCCCUGCCUUCCUUUGUGCCAAGCGGGGGUCUGUGUGGAGUAAUUGAAAUGCAGGGCUGCGAAACACUGCUGUAGUCGUCUGUUUUGGGGCUUUCCCCCUCCCUCCCUUCUUUUGUGGAGCAGGGGGGAGCAUGCUUGCUGUGGAUUCUUUUUGUUUUAUCAGAGAAUGAGAUGCUGGCUGAAAAUUGAAGAAAUGGCCCUAGAAGAAUUGAUGCAAAGAUUAAAUGCGGUUUCCCAGUGCGCUGAUGAAAUCAUGCAUCAAGAUAUCAUUCCCCUCUAUGCUGCAGAUAUUCAGGACCAGCUAAAGAAGCAAUUUGCUUAUCUGUCAGGUGGAAGAGGAGGAGAUGGAUGCCCUGUUAUCACUUUUCCAGACUAUCCAGCUUUCAGUGAGAUCCCCGAGAAGGAGUUCCAGAAUGUCCUGACCUACUUGACGAGCAUCCCAAGUUUACGAGAUGCUGGAAUUGGAUUUAUUCUUGUCAUAGAUCGCAGGCAGGACAAAUGGACCUCUGUGAAAGCAUCCAUACUGCGGAUAGCAGCAUCUUUCCCAGGAAACCUGCAACUAGUCCUCGUUCUGCGACCAACAGGAUUUUUUCAUCGAGCUCUUUCAGACAUUGCUUUCAAAUUCAACAGAGAGGAGCUUAAAAUGAAAGUACCUAUCAUAAUGCUGGGCUCAGUAUCAGAACUUCAGGGUUAUAUUGAUAAAACACAAUUAACAGAAGAUCUUGGUGGCACCCUGGAUUACUGCCAUAACAGAUGGCUGUCCCGUCGCACUGCUAUAGAAGGUUUCGCCCAAAAGGUUAAGCAAACAGCUCAGAUUCUUCAGUCCUUUGGGACUGAGCUGGCUGAAACAGAACUACCAAAUGAUGUGCAAUCAACCAGCUCCCUUCUUGCAACACACACAGAAAAGAAGGACAAAAUGAAGGAAGAUAUCAGGUUAGCAGUGGAACAGGGAGAUAAUAUCCUUGGAAGUAUUACACAACCACUUACUGAGAAUCCGGAGUACAAACUGAAUCAAGAUCAGCUAGACAAUCAAACAACGGUAGAAAGGCUUCUGGCUCAAUUACAUGAAACAGAGACUGCCUUUGAUGAGUUUUGGAUUAAGCAUCAGCAAAAACUUGAGCAGUGUCUGCACCUUCGGAAUUUUGAACAGAAUUUUAGAGAGGUCAAAGCAGCUUUGGAUAUUGUGUCUGAGAGACUGUCUUCUUUCACAGAUGUGGGAAACAGCUGUUCACAUGUGGAGCACAUUUUGAAGGAUCUUGCCAACUUUGAAGAAAAAUCACGUGAAACUGUAACAAAGGCCAGAAUGCUAGCCUCAGAGGGUGAUGCUUUUAUCCAAAGCAAUCAUUAUGCUGUGGACUCCAUUAUUCCAAAAUGCAGUGAACUUCAUCAUCUCUGUGAUGCCUUCACUACAGAGACAGAACGGAGGAGGAAUCUUCUUAACAAAUCUCUAGAGCUGCACAGCAUACUAGAAAAGUCUAUGAAAUGGUGUGAUGAAGGAAUUUAUCUGCUGGCUUCACAGCCCGUUGAUAAGUGUCAGUCUCAGGAUGGUGCAGAAUCAGCAUUACAGGAGAUCGAGAAAUUCCUGGACACUGGUGCAGGCAAUAAAAUCAAGGAGCUGAGCAAAAUAUACAGAGAGUAUGCACACAUCCUCAGUGAAGACUUAAAGGAGCAUGUGCAAAAGGUUUUUCAGAAGCAAGAAAGUAUGGAAGAAAUGUUUCAAAAGAGACAAGUCAGUCUCAAGAAACUGGCAGCUAAGCAGACACGUCCUGUUCAGCCAGUUGCCCCAAGACCCGAAGCCUUUGUAAAAUCUUCCUGUACCUCUCCAGGUCUUCAAAGUGAAUACGGAUCCAGCUCAGAAAGCACUGCACUUCGGAGGGUAAACUAUAGAAGAGGAAAGAGUGAAAUGACAGAACUCCAUCAAAGCAGAGGAGGAUCUACAAUGGAUGAUGAGGAAAACCUAGCUGUGUUACGGCAACACGUGAUUAAUGAACUUAUUGAGACUGAAAGAGCAUACGUGGAAGAACUUCUCUGUGUUCUUGAGGGUUAUGCUGCAGAGAUGGACAACCCCCUAAUGGCUCAUCUCAUUUCACCAGAACUCCAAAAUAAGAAGGAUAUCUUGUUUGGGAAUAUGGAAGAAAUUUAUCACUUUCACAACAGAAUAUUCUUGAGAGAAUUAGAAAACUAUGUAGAAUACCCAGAACUUGUAGGACGGUGCUUUUUGGAUCAGAUGGAAGAUUUCCAGAUUUAUGAAAAAUACUGUCAAAAUAAACCUCGAUCUGAAAGUUUGUGGAGGCAGUUUUCAGAUUCUGUAUUCUUUCAGGAAUGCCAAAGGAAACUGGAUCACAAGCUCAGUUUGGACUCAUACUUGCUGAAACCCGUUCAAAGAAUAACCAAAUACCAGUUGUUGCUAAAGGAAAUGCUGAAGUACAGUAAGAACUGUGAAGGUGCUGAAGAUCUUCAGGAGGCAUUAACUUCUAUACUGGGCAUUCUCAAAGCAGUUAAUGAUUCUAUGCACCAGAUAGCCAUUACAGGCUAUGAUGGAAACCUGAAUGAGCUGGGCAAGCUUUUAAUGCAGGGAUCCUUCAAUGUGUGGACUGAUCAUAAAAAGGGUCACUCAAAGGUGAAAGAUCUGGCACGCUUCAAGCCAAUGCAGCGACACCUCUUCCUCCACGAGAAAGCAGUGCUGUUCUGUAAAAAGCGAGAAGAAAAUGGAGAGGGAUAUGAGAAAGCACCUUCCUACAGCUACAAACACUCCUUAAACAUGGCAGCAGUUGGAAUAACAGAAAAUGUCAAAGGUGAUGCAAAAAAAUUUGAAAUAUGGUAUAAUGCAAGGGAAGAAGUUUACAUUAUACAGGCACCAACCCCUGAAGUUAAAGCUACUUGGGUAAAUGAAAUAAGAAAAGUGCUGACGAGUCAACUGCAGGCAUGCAGAGAAGCUAGCCAGCACAGGACACUAGAACAAACACAGAGUUUACCUCUACCAGCAUCAUCUUGUACAAGUCCUUCACAGAACCACAUCAGAAAUACUAAAAAAAUGGAGGAGAAAAAAGCUGAUCUCACAAGUCAGGAAAGUUGUGGCACCACAGUAGCACCAAAGUACCCCGAGAAAGGCAAAGAAACUCCAUCUCCUUCUGCUAAAAGCCAGACAUUGCCAAUGAUCCUUCUUACAGGACCAGCUUCUCCUACCAGUCCUGACAAAAAAGCUAAGCGCCAUGAAGUAGUGAGUGACCCAACUCCUUUUGGUUUAAGAGGCUGGUCUAAAACAUCACAUUCUCUUGAUGCAUCUGAAGAAAAUGAUGGCUGGUCUAGUGCUGAAGAUCCACUGAAUUCAUCAGAUGCGGAGGAAGAAGGAGGAGGAGGUGGAGGCGAGAUGAAGCUGACUCCUGGUAAAUAUACAGUUGUGACUGAUUAUGAGAAAGGAGUUGCUGAAGAAUUUACAGUGAAAAGUGGCGAUCUAGUUCAACUGGUUCAUGAAGGGGAGAAUGGACUUUGGUACGUAAAGAACCUUAGCACUGGUAGAGAAGGUUGGAUUCCAGCAAACAACCUGCUGAUGCUCAUAGGCAAUUCAAAAUCAGCUCAAUCUUUAAGCAGCUCUGAAUCAGGCACUGCCUCCAGCACUUUGAGCACAUCAUCAAGUUGCAGUGAUAGCUGCAAUGCCAGCAGCACCAGCUUCUCUGACAUUAAGGGCUAACAACAAUUUUCACCCCACCUCGAUGGAAGGCAGAUGUGGAGUUGGUCGUUUAAUGCAGAGUU